AUGCCGAUUGCAAAGGUGCCAACCAUAGAAGAUUUCCCCAAACUCCACACUCUAGAGGUAGAUAUUGACCGGUUUCUCAACCGGUAUAUCCCCCAUCCACGAUGGCACCUCGUUCCCAGGCCGGUCGCCCAUUUUUUGGGGCAUCGGCUCCAUCCGCCUAAAAAAGUCGGCAAUGUGCUGGUUAUGUUUUGGUCCUUGAUUGGCGUGUUCACUGGAUUGUUGAUCGUAACCGCAGCAUCAACUCACAUCCCUUCGUUCCAGGAGCGGGGUGUGCCAAUCAUCGUCGGGAGUUUUGGUGCUGCUGCUGUCCUAGAAUACUGCGCGAUAGAAUCUCCCCUGGCUCAACCUCGAAAUGCUCUAUUUGGCCAGUUUUUCUCAGCCCUCGUCGGAAUAUGCGUUGCGAAGCUCUUUGCGUUGAAUCCGAACCAUGACAAUUUAUACUGGAUCGCUGGGCCGAUUGCGUGUGCAGCGGCCACGCUGGUGAUGAUUCUCACCAAAACAAUUCACCCCCCUGCUGGCGCGACCAGCUUGCUUGCGGUUGUGGAUCCAACGGCAAGGAAUUUGGGCUGGUUUCUGCUUCCCGUUGUGCUUCUCAGCUCUGUUUUGAUAUUGGUUUCCGCCCUUUUGUUCAACAACGUACAGAGGCAAUUCCCUUUGCACUGGUGGACUCCCGAAAAGCUUCUACCGACGAUUCGUGAAAGGGACGACAGCUCGUCGACCGACGUUGACGAGGAGAACCCAACCAACCUCUCCAUGCCCGAAGAGAAAGCACCAGACGACCAACAAAUAAUCGUGGCGCCGGGCCAGGUGUUCGUCCCGGAGUCAAUCACCCUUACAGCAGACGAAAAGCAUUUAUUAGAGCGACUGAGUAGACGGUUAUAG